AUGUCUAUGAAGGUUUCAAUCAUGGUACACAGUUGUAAACUCACACUCUUGUUUCUGUUCAUUAGUUUUUCAGCAAAUUCUGCUGAGAAUGAGAGUGAAGUCUCUUAUUCUGAUUACUGCUCUUCUGUUGUACCUGAAUCUGUCCCCAACUCUGAAACUUACAAUGAUAGUUUUGGAGCAUUUGAUGGAUAUGACACUGGUUAUUACAUUGGUGGAAAUGGAAUUCUCGACCCGAAGAUCACCGGAAUCUCGAAUCGGUUCUGGUUCGAAACCGGAUAUGCGUCUAGAACUGUUGCAGACGGGGUGUGGAAGAUUAAGGGAAUCCUUACAUUUUAUGGAUCAUAUGAUCCUCAAGUUCUACCAAGUCCAUUUCAUUUGAACCUCCAUGGAUUCUGGUCAGAAUUCUCUGGGAAUCUUUGUAUGGUGGGAACAGGUUAUGGUUACUGUAAACAAGGUACUUUGCUAACUCCUUCAGUAGUUUUUAAGCUUAGAAAUCUCAGGAAUUCAAGUAACAUCACUACUUUGAUUACUGGAACUUUAGACAGUCUCAGUGAUGGAGUGAGCUACUUUGAAUCCAUUUCCAUGAUCAUGUUUCCGUCGUUGAAUUACAAGUACACUUUCAAUUCCGGAGAGUUUGAAGAUGAGUUCUCUGCUGAAAGUGAUGCCUUGAUGAAUCUGCCAUCCAAUGAACUUCCAAGUAGAAGUUUUUGCUCAAUGAUGUUGGGAAAUGUAAAUGAAUUUGAGUUGCAGUACACAAGUGACUGCACUUCUGGAAAGCAAAAUUGUCUUCCAGUUUUUUGGUUGAAUGGCUAUUCGCCACGUUUUCUGUCCCUUUUGAGCAUUCAGUGUUCAGAGGUCGAAAGGAGAAUUCGCGUUUUGGUCGAAUUUAGAAAUAGUACUAGCCAUGUUGGAACAUACCCUUCUUUCAAUCCAUACACAACAUUGAUUGGAGAAGGAACAUGGGAUAAUGAGAAAAACCAGUUGUUCAUUUUCGUUUGUCGGAUUUUAGACAUCGGAGAAUCAUGGUCUAAUGCUCAUGUUGGUGAUUGCACAACAAGGCUGAGCUUCAUGUUCCCUGCAGUCUUGUCUAUUCGAGAGACUAGCAGCACGAGGGGGCGAAUUUGGACCACGAAAACUGCUAACGAUUCCAGUUACUUCGAUAGGAUAUCAUUCCGAAGUACUGGUAAUCGUGUGCAGGGAGUUCCUGGUUUGAAGUAUGAAUACACUGAAUUUAACAGAGUAAAGAAUCUAUGCCUGAGAAAUAUGCAGCCGGUGAUAAACAAGGGACAAAGAUAUCCAAGUGGACAUUCCACAGAUAUGAAAUUUGACAUGUUGGUUAUGAGCUCAGAGAAAAAACAUGGAUGGGGUUCGGCGAAUCCUCUCGCUAUCGAUGAUCGAUUAUACAAGCCCCUUCUGUAUCCAAUGGAUCUUCCUAGUGAAAGAAUAGUGCCUUCAAGGCUCAUCAAUGUUAGCUAUGAAGUGAGCAUCACGUUGCAAACUCCUAGAGAAGAUGACAAUGGAGUUCAUUUUGCAUACAUUGAACAGAAACUGGAGAUUACAGCUGAAGGGGUUUAUGAUUCUGAAACUGGAAAGUUGUGUAUGGUUGGUUGCAGAAAGUUGGGAUCCGAAAAUCAAGUGUUGGACAAUGCUUUUAUGGACUGUGGAGUUCUUUUGAACUUUCGGUUUGCUCCAUUGGAACCGAAUCAAAAUGAAGGAUAUAUCGCGGGAAGCAUCGAAAGCACACGGAAAAGUUCUGAUGUUCUUUACUUUCGUCGUCUAGAUGUGUCUUCAGCGACCUACAAGACUGAUCGACGAAAAAGUUCGAUUUGGACAAUGGAUGUUGAGACUACAAAGGUUCUAUUAACUAAUACACUAAUGUGCAUCUUUGUAGGAUUGCAGCUUUAUCAUGUGAAGAAGAACCCCAAAGUACUGCCCUCCAUUUCACUUGUUAUGCUAGUGAUUCUUAACUUGGGCCACAUGGUUCCUCUUGUACUAGACCGAAACAAAGUUUUGCCCCACAAUGGUGGAUUGAUCGACUUAAAUGAAGUGAUCGUGAAAACAGUUACGGUUGUCGCUUUCUUACUACUGUAUCGACUUCUCCAAUUAACAGUCUCGGCUAGAUCGCAUGACACCGACCGAAAGACGUUGUGGUUUGCGGAAGAAAAGACCCUACUCGUGAUUGCAUUUCUAUAUGCUGCCGUGGCCAAAUUCAUGCUGCUUGUUGCCUGGGAGAACCGCAGACUGCAGUCGUCUGUCGAGUACAGGCAACAUUCCAUCUGCAAUUACUUGAAAUCAUAUGCAGGUUCGAUCUUGGACAGUUUUCUUUUGCCUCAGAUACUUGUCAACAUGUUCUCUAACUCGAGACGGAAGGCUCUCAGCUGUUCGUUUUUUAUCGGGAUCACUUUCAUUCGAUUGCUACCACAUGCAUAUGAUCUUCACUGCAAUCUCAGCAAUGUUUAUUACAACAUAUUACAGGUUUCUGUGAAUGAUGAUCAUUGUUUUGUCUCUGCUGCUUGGGAUGUUACUAUGUUCUGGGGGCUCCUUGUGCUUGCCGCAAUCAUUUUUGUUCAGCAAAAGAAUGGUGCUCAUUGCAUUCUUCCCUCUAGACAUAGACAGUUGGACUUAAAUCCUGAGGAGUCAUUUGCAGCAACAUAUAUCUUGGAGAUGGUUACUAGCAGCAAAAAGGAGGUGAUGAAGGGUUGUCAGCCGAAGAAUCGGCUGGUCAGAUGCUGGAUGCUGAAACUGUCGGGCUUGGCAAGGAGCAACAUUGGUGGCAGCAGCGGAUAUUAA